AUGCAGAUAUCAGAUUGGUUGAUCAUAAGAGAAAGAACUUACCCUCUGACACGGUACUCUUUCAAAUAUGUCGAAGACUCACACCGCCUGGGGAAGCUGCAGAAUCUAGAGAAUUAUAGAGCCGGGCCUUCUGAAGCACGGCCCGUAGGGGCUACCAACAUUCCCACCAGAGGUCAUAAGAUCCCCUAUACUCUCGAAGAUGACCAGUUGCUCUGGGACUGGAUGCAACCCCACGAGAGAAACCCUAAGGCUUCCAUUAGAGGCAACAAAAUCUAUCAAGAGCUAGCCGAGAAGCAUCCAAGGCACACGUAUCAAUCAUAUCGAGAUCGGUACCUCAAAAGGCUCAAGGGACAUCCACGUCCUGGUGGUAUGCCAGAAUCAACUGAUCAACCUGCGCCUGAUGGGCCCUCCAAUUUAGCUACUCGCCUGGUCCAGUCUGAGCCUCGAGGAGGGUCUGCACAAGGGGUUGAGCCUACUGCCAUGCAAGCAAAUGACAAGAAAAGGAAACGGGCUUCGGAGGAUACUCCUGGGGAAGGCAAUGUAGACAGUACUAAUAAGCCAAGUUUGAAGAAAAGAGUCACCGAAGUCAAUAUCGACCUUCCAGACCCUUUCAUCUCCGGACCUCAAACGAAACUGGCUGCAGUACCACAUUCAGCGACAGCAUCCAACGGUCAGCGACCAACUCCUGGGGCAAAAGAGGCGAGAGAACGCGGGGCCACUGAAGGAUCGAAAGCUCCAGCCAAGGAGCCACGCCAGCCUUCGCAGCCAGACCCCCUGUUUCUAGAGCUGCCAUUUUUGCCUUCUGACGAUGAGCCUGAAGAGGAAGAUAUGGAGCAGGAUAUCGACGCAUGGAUCGACGAGCGACUUCUUAACGGAAAGGCUCAGCAUGAAGAACAAAUACACCUGGCACUGCGGUGCACCAGCAUGGAUCCAGAUUUAGCUGACAGGGUCCUGGCUAUCCUAGUAGAAGGAAAACCUAUACCGGAUGAUAUGCCUGGUGUUUGGACACCUGAAGAUGACAAAUGCAUAGAAGGAAACGAGACUCGAGGCAUCCAACGAGUCAUGGAGAAGCAUGGUACGGAGGCCUUCAACAAUCGCUGGGAGUACCUCAGCAUGGUCAGAGAGGCCGGUCUUUUAGAUACCCUUUGA